CCAUGUUCUUCUACUAACAACCAGCGGGGUUUGCUCAUAGAUGCACAGAGACCAGCAUAGUGCUCCAACGGGGAGCUCUCUAUGACAGAAAUCAGAAUUAAGAAAGCAGAGCAGCAGCUUAAUCAGAGUUACAAGUUUAGUAGUUUAUGUGUUGUUUAUUUAGCUUUAGAGAGGCAGUUUUUGUUUGAGGGCAAAUAGUUUUCAUUUGCUCUGUGAUCUUUGGUCUCAAACAGUCAUUAUUAAGGAGAAUUUGCAUCUCCUCAGUGAAUUUGUUAGUUUUCUGUUGACUUUCAUCCCUCCACUGCUUAGGCGUUGAUCUUUUACCACCAUGUGGGAGUUUAGGUCCAUGUCUUUCUGGCGGGCGGUGUUCGCAGAGUUCUACGGCACCAUGUUCUUUGUAUUUUUUGGGCUGGGGGCCGCCCUCCGCUGGACCACGGGGCCCCAUAAUGUCCUCCAUGUUGCCUUUUGCUUUGGGCUGGCAGCUGCCACCCUCAUCCAGUCCAUCGGCCACAUCAGCGGGGGACACAUCAACCCGGCUGUUACCUUUGCCUACCUGAUCGGAUCCCAGAUGUCUCUGUUCCGCGCUUUCUUCUACAUCAUAGCUCAGUGUCUGGGAGCACUGGCUGGUGCUGCUGUGCUGUAUGGGGUCACACCCAGCAACAUGAGGGGGAACCUGGCACUCAACACGUUGCAGCCAGGUAUCAGCCUGGGCAUGGCAACCACCAUGGAGGUCUUCCUCACCUUGCAGCUUGUUGUCUGCGUCUUCGCUGUGACUGAUGAGCGGCGCAACGGACGCCUGGGCUCUGCUGCCCUGGCCAUCGGCUUCUCUGUGCUCAUGGGUCACCUUCUCGGGAUGUACUACACUGGAGCAGGGAUGAACCCAGCAAGGUCCUUCGCCCCUGCUGUCCUGGUCAGGAAUUUUGUCAACCACUGGGUGUACUGGGUUGGACCUAUGAUUGGAGGUGCCAUGGGUGCUCUGCUGUAUGACUUCAUGCUGUUCCCCCGUAUGCGUGGCCUCUCUGAGAGGCUCGCCACGCUGAAGGGCACCCGGCCCCCAGAGGCCGAGGGCCAGCAGGAGACCAGGGGAGAGCCCAUCGAGCUGAAGACACAGGCCCUAUAAGCCUGGAGAAGAAGAUUGGCUUUCUGACCCCCGUCAUUCCUCCCAUUUACACCCCUCAGUCUGCUCCCUCAGUUCCCAGUCCAUCCUCUGCACACAUACCUCCUCCUCUCGGCCUCUACACAAGCUAACACGAUUCCCAAACACUUUUGUUAUCCAAAC